AAAGAACACCCACCACGCCACGCAAAGCAAAGCAAAGCUGAACCAACCAAUAGCCUCCCCCACAUGUUCCUGUCCCUCCUCAUCUUUCUUUCGUCUCGAAGAAAUAGGAGGGAAGCAGCUCCUUGUGGUUGAUCUUGAUAUUGUUGAGGUCGACUCUCUGUGGGCUCUGUUUGAAGUUUUGAAGAGAGAGAGAGAGAGCGCAUGGGAAACGUUUAGGACAAACCAGGACAAGAUCAAGACACCCUUUUUUUCUAGUGAUUUCUAUUUGGUGAUUGAUAGGAUAGUUCCUUGGCUGCAAGAAAAGUUAAAGAAAAUGGUGGGUCUUUUCUCAAAGUUCUCUGUGCACAGAAGUGGCCAUCGACGAGCUCAAAGUGCUCUGGACGGGAAGGAAGUGGGGCUUCCAAAUGCAGAGGUUGCUAGCGCUGCCACUGCCGCAGCUGCUGCUUCUCAUGGAAUUGAAGUGGCCGUAGAAUUUAAGCCUGUCGAACAUCCAAUCGAGCCUCUUGAUAAUGACCAACCAAUUCAGUGCCCUCUGCCUGAACCUUCAAUUCUAAAUGACGGAAGAAUUUGGAAAGAACGAGUAUCUGCGACCGUGCGGAGAAGAGGUGACCUACCCAUCAUGAAAGAAAGCGGGUCUAUCGAAUCUGAAUCUACUGCUGGGAUAAGACAAAGACCGGCCACCUCCAAUCGCAUGAUUUUGCCCUCGAUAAGCGCCCCAGAACAUAAUCUACUAAAGUUACUAGAAGAGUGUAACGCCCCGGGGACGUGAUAACUUCUUGCGAUUCUCAUCUUUCCAGUCGCUUGAGAAAUCGAAAUCGACAAUUUGUAUACCCGUUCCUCACUCACCUCCUUUACUGUUUGUACCCUUAAUUUUGUGUUGGUUCAUGAAUAUAUAUGUAUCCACAGAUGAGUCGAUUGAAAUAAAUGGUUUACCCAUCUAUAUUAUCGUCAUAAGACAUAAAAGUUUCAAUUUCUGCA